GAUAUCCAAUCUAAUCCAAAAAUAGGAGGUCAUUGACAUUGAGAGUCCGCGAAUUUCACGCACAUGGGCGCGGACCGUGGCCCGUAGCGCUCAGCCGGCUUUGCGUGUUUUCUGGGUUUGAGCCGCUGCCACGAGUUCUUGGACUGACGCACGUAAAACUUCCGGCCCUGACCAGGGCAGCUGCGGUGCAACGACGCUUCGCGAGCCUUUCAGCCGGCUCCGAGCGUCGCUUCGGUGACAGCGCGCUUCCGUUUACGAGAAAAGUGCCGCUCGGCUGUGACGACAUGACCAGGAAGUUGUCCGGACGAUCUCACGUUGGUGGCACUCGACUCUAGCCCUCGGAGCCUUCGGAAAGCACCGAGCAUGGAAUCCAAGGAGUGGGAGACCUUCUUCGCCAAAAACCAGCCACCCGUAGACGUCGAAAAGAAACGGCAGCGAAUUGAGGAAUUUUGUGCCCAGCACCUGGGCUCGACCGAGAGAAUCGUCCUGGUCACGUCGGGAGGCACAAGCGUGCCACUGGAACACAACACGGUGCGCUUCAUCGACAACUUCAGUGCCGGCACGAGGGGCUCAUCGUCGGCCGAAUACUUCCUGGCGGCAGGUUAUGUGGUGAUCUUCCUGUACCGCACCAACACCCUGAAGCCGUUCGUGCGGCACUUCAAGGACGGGGGCCUGCUCGACCAGCUGGAGCCCACCGAAGGGGAGAGCCCCGGCAUCCGAGUGCGGGGUGAGGCGGUGCCCCAGGUGCUGCCCGUGCUGCGGGCAUUUCGGGCCGCCAGGGAGAGGGGGCGCCUGCUAAAUGUGCCCUUCACCACGCUCGUCGACUACCUGUUCCUGCUCCGGUCGGCGUCGGCGUCGCUGGCGGCCUUCGGGCGUCGGGCGCUGCUCUACCUGGCGGCCGCAGUCUCGGACUUCUACAUCCCUGGCGAGGAGAUGCCCGAGCACAAGAUCCACUCGGACGGCGGGCCGCUGCAGCUGCACCUCCAGCUGGUACCCAAGAUGCUGAGGCCCCUGGUCUGGCUUUGGGUCCCAGAGGCCUUUGUGGUCUCCUUCAAGCUCGAAACGGACUCGGACAUUCUCCUGGAAAAGUCGAGGAAGGCCCUCAAAAACUACAAGCACAAGCUGGUGAUUGCCAACGAGCUCCACUCGAGGAAACACCACGUCCUUUUCGUGACCCAAGAGUCCCACGAGGCGGUGGACCUGAGCCCAGCCCAGCUGGCAGCCGGAACCGAGAUUGAGGAGCUCAUCGUGGAGAAGCUGUCCAGGCAGCAUGCCUUGCACAUGGCCUGAGCCCCGUCCCAGCCUCUUUUUACUCGUUCACCUUUGGUUUCUCGUAACCUCUCGUUUUUCUGACGCAGAUCCUCUCUGCAAAGCUGGAGUAAGCUUGCGAUGCUGCUCGUGCAGGCAUCCGAGCUAUUGGUGUUGUAGCAAAGAUCCUGAUAUGUCAUUCUUGGAAAAAAAACAAAAAACAUCGACUCCACUACUGUAGGGAGAAUCUGUGUAUAGUGGCAUGUUCCAUAUGAUUUUAUUUAUCUACUAGGUUGUGGAACAUGCCCCAAAAUGUGGCAAAGGUAAAAUCUCUUUAAAUGAAAUUCUGGUAGUGAGUGGGGCUUUCUGUUUAGUUUGUUACGAAUCCCGGAGCUCGCCAAAUAUCGGUCGGACAAAUUGGUGCCUUCGCAUUGUGAUACCCGAUUUUCAUGGAAGUUUUUUUUUUAGUUGUCCAUUUUGCCGUGUCAAAUUUUGAGGCGUAGCUACGUUCCUGCAAAAGACUAGAACACCGGUCCCCGACAGCCUAGAUAACCGAGGGUUGUGCUCAUGGAGCCAUCUCCCGGUAGACACAGCAACUCAGUCGAAAGCGGAUGGCAUCGUCAGGGUGAGUGAGUACAGCCCUCUGUUAGCUCUGUUGGAAGUCCCUUUGCGUUGCAUUUGAAGAGAUUCUGCCGAAAUCUGCCACAUUAGCACUCGGUUUGAACUAAUGAAAUUCUCUGGCAUUAUUUUUCCCCUGGGCAAACGGGACAAGUGAUUGACGAGAGCAUGGAAAUGCGAGGCAUUCAUUGUCAGUCGGUUUUAAAGGACGAGACUGCACUUGAAUAGAGAGACCAAAGCAGCGUGUGAGGAGAUGGCUCCUUGCCACUUCCACUCGCAAAUUUGUCCAAUAGAAAUUUUGGGGGCCUUACAGACCAUUGUUUUUCACUGGAGCCAUGUUAUACAUAUCAAGUUGGUUGUUGUGUUUGGGGAUUUGCUGGCGGUAUAUUAGCAGCUGUGGUAUCCUCAAGGAGAUGUGUUCACAGAUAUAUGCAAAUGUUAUCAUUCUGGUUUCUCCUGACUAAACUGCUAGAGUGUAUCAGUGGUUGAAGAGACCUUGUAGCUGUGUUACUGAUUGUCCGAUGGUUGUGAGAGAUUAUAAAGUGGUGGAAAUAUUUGCGUCGCAUAAACAAACGCCGCUUUAAAGAUGUAUGUAUUAUGGCAUUUUGCAUUGUGUGCUUCGAAGGAGGAUAUUUCAAGCUGUGGCAUGUUUUACCAGUGUACUAUUGUGCCUUGAAUUUUGGGUACUGGUAAAAUUUGUAUUCACUCUGGGAAACACUUAUGAACCAACAGGGAAAUAGAAAACGAACAAAUAUAUUAUCAUGUGUGACUUUUGUCAGUACACCUUGAAGCAUUCUAGUAUAUACAUCGAAUGCUGGCUUUUCCUCUAUGAAUGAGUAUAGUAGUAGGUAGAUGUGGCAGUAGAGCAUGUAGUUCUACUUGAAAUAACUUUGUGCGGUGUUGGUGAGUCCCAAGAGAGCCCUUGUUCUGUCUGUUCAUGCCUCUUGCUUUCCUGGCAAGUUUCAUGUUCUCCAACAGUAGAACUAUAUAUGCAGCUUGGUUAUAGUGGUGGACUUUUUAGAUGCUGAAUUUUAGUCGACCGUUUUGUUGGCAAUAAAUGCAAUUUUUCUAUUUGCA